CAUGAUACCGUGUGGUUUUCUGUGGAUUUUAUUUAUUCGUCUUUAAAAAACAAUUUUUUUUUGCGUCACUUUAAUUUAUAUACUUACAACAACAAUAAAAACAUCCAUAUGUAUGUAUACUAACUAUAUUGUACAUAUGUAUGUAUGUAGAGUACAUACAUUCGUACAUGCUUGUUCUUGUUGUACUACUAAAUAAUAAAAUGUGAGACAAACAAAAAUAAUAAAAAAAAAGCAAAAGCAGCAGAAGAAAAAUUAAAGCAAAAGAAAAACAGUGUUUUUUUUCUCUCGUACGUUUUAAUAAGUAAACAAAUUAUUCUAGUAAAUUUAAAGCAAAAACAACAACAACAAUGAGAAAAUAACAAAAAAAAAAUAUAUAAAACAUUUACACAAAUAAACAUAGCAGCACAAUUAGCAGAAAUAGCAGCAGCGGCAGCAGCUGUCAAUAAAGCCGGUUGAAAAAACAAAAAAACAGCUGUUUAGUUUCCUCUACCACACAUAUACAAACAUAUUUAUAAAACAAAAACAAAAUAAAAAUGCAUUUCUAAAAAGAAAUUUGAAAAUAAAAAGAGAGCAAACUCAAUAAAAAUGCUCUCUUAUUAAAAUAUCUAAAAAAAAAGAAAAAAAUAACAUUAAAAGAGAGUAAACCCCCACUCAACAACAACAAAAAACUCUCUUUGUUUUAUUAAUCACAAAAAAAAAAAAAAAAACAAUCCUUAUGUCUCUCACAUUACCAAUGUCGUUAAUAGAGACUUCAACCAUAACCGAAUCCUCGAAACAUAGAAAUUUUCCGAAAUUAACAACAAAUUCUAUGGUGGUUAUACAAGCCUCUACAGCUCUACCAGCAGCCCCAACAACAAAAGCAAAUGUUGCGGCUCAAGCAGCAGCAGCUGCCACAAAUAACAAUAAUAAUAACAAUUUUACCACAACAACAACAACAACGCAAAAAAGAUCUCGCAAACGUUCCACUAACGAUAGUACGGCAACAACAUAUACUAAACGUAAUAGAAAACAAACUAUAUUACAACAACAACAACAGCAGCAACAACAACAACAACAUAUACAUUUACAGCAGCAUCUUCAACAGCAGCAGCAGCCACCAUCCUCCUUAUUAUAUGUUAAUCAGAGAAUGUCCGCCGGCGCUCAAUUGCAGAUGGCCCCACAAACCUCGACGUCUCUAAGCCAUCAUACAACAACACCACAGCAGCAACAACAUUUUGCUCCUAAUCAACAGCAGCAACAACAACAACAUUUGUCACAAGUUCAACAACAGGUUCAACAGCAGCAGCAACCACAUUUACAGCAACAAUUGCAAUUGCAACAACAGCAACCUCCUCCUCCACCGCCAACACAUUUAACAACACAUUAUUCCCAGCCUCCUACACUUGCCACAAAUCAUCACCAGCCACAACAGCAGCAGCAGCAGCAGCAACAACAUCAAGCCAACCAACAAACAGCAACACAGCAGCAGCAACAGCAAGCACCUCCUCCCCAAUUACAACAAAUACAACCGCCCAAUAUUGUACCCCUGACAUCAUCAUCACAACAUCACGGUCAUCAUAGUGGUGGCGGUCACAGCAGUAAUCCUGACUCGAAUAUGAGCACUGGCUCGUCACACAGUGAAAAAGAUGUUAACGACAUGUUAAGUACACAGCAACAGUCCACAGGUAUUGUCCAACAAAUCGGUCUCCUAGCAAAUACAACAACAGCCGCAGCAGCAGUUGUUUCGUCUUCGUCUGGUAACGGUAUGAUGAAUACCGGCGGUAUGGGUAUAUCGACAGAUCCAAAUAUGCAACAGCAACAGGCACCCAACCAUCAUCAUCAUUCACAUGCUGCACACCAUCAGGUGUCGCAACAAAAUAAUUCGGGAUCAACGAGUGGCGGCAGUGGUCGCAUGGAAAAGUUAUCACGCACUCCCACAGAACGUAAGCGUAAAAGGAAAAUUACGGCAUUGCAUGCCGAUGAUAGUGGUGGUGCCGGUGGUGGGGGUGGUCCGGGCGGUGGUAAUGGAGGUAAUAAUUCAAGCAACGCUUCUAAAGCAUCAAAACACAACAAUUCCUCCUCAGGCUCACAGUUAUUAAAAGCAAAUUUAUCUCUAAAUUUAGGUGCUCAAGCGGAACGUCUUCAGUUGCCCGGUAGUGGCGGCGGUAGUGGUGGAGUCAAGAAUGCCCGCCUCUUACCACCCGGCAGUGCUGGUUCAUCGGGAGAUAAUAAGAAAAUCAAUGAUUAUUUCAAUAAACACACUGUACAGACAGCAGCCACUAAUAGUCCCAUGAGACACACGGCUGGCGGCGGCUCCAAGAGUCCCUCCUCGGCCGGCGGCGGUGUUCAGCAGCCAACGGCCCAGACGGCGCAGCCUCAACAAGUGCCAACAUCUGUAGGCGGUAACAGCACGUAUCCCAUGUAUCCACCUAGUCCACAACAACCACAAAUGAACGCACCUGGCAUACCGUCGACACCAACUUCACAACCCCCGCCUCCUGAAUUCCACUACAGCAGUGUAGCGGCCGUGAAUAGCGUUGCGGCCAAGCAGCAGAGACAGCAGCAACAACCACAAACUUCCAACGCAAUGGUUCCUCCACAGUCACCUCUAGUGGGUGUUUCGAAUGUUGGCCUGCUGAGCGGCAGCCACAUGGUCCACAAUGCCACGGUAACGGCUGCCCUGAUCGGCGGUUCAGCCGCAGCUGGUGGUGGUGGCAAUGGGCCACCACCUCCUCCGCUGCCCCAGCAGCAACAGACGCAAACACAUCAACUUCCCGCCUCUUCCGUUGUUGCCACCACAGUGCAACAGACUCUGACAACCUCGCAACAACAAUUGGCUGCUGUGGCGGCCGUACAACUCAACUCACUGCAACAUGCCGGCAUGCUAGCCACUCCCGGCGGCGUUCCCAACACUCCUACACAGCAACAGCAGCAACAACAACCGUCGCUCGCGAUGGUUACCAAAGCAACUCAAACAGACCUCUCACUACCCGACAUGCAGGAACGUGAUUCAGAAAACGAAACCAGUAAAUCAAAAUUGGAUGAGAUGACAAGACUGUCUGAUGAACAAAAAUGUCAAAUUAUUGCUCAUCAAAAACUAAUAGAUCAACAUAAAUCCCAUAUAGCCAAGUGUAUUGAUGUCGUCAAGAAGCUGCUUAAGGAAAAGUCCAGUAUCGAAAAGAAGGAGGCCCGCCAGAAGUGCAUGCAGAAUCGCCUGCGGCUGGGCCAAUUCGUUACACAACGUGUAGGUGCUACAUUCCAGGAAAACUGGACCGAUGGUUAUGCCUUCCAGGAGCUGAGUAGGCGGCAGGAAGAAAUCUCAGCCGAACGCGAAGAAAUCGACCGGCAAAAGAAGCAGUUGAUGAAGAAACGUCCGGCCGAAUCAGGUCGCAAGCGUAACAAUAACCAGCAAAAUUCCAAUUCAAAUGAUUCCUCCAAUCUUAAUACUGGUUGCGAAAGGCUGUCGGUCAGUGACAGUGGCAUCGGUGUCACCUCCGGCACAGGUGGUGGUGGUGGCAGUGGCCGCGGUCUCACGCGUUCCAAUUCAUCACAAGCUCAAAGUCAACUGCUGCAUAAUGGCGGUGGUAGUGGUACCAGUGGCACUGGCAUGGGUAGUGAUCGUUUAUCGGAUCGUGGCGGUGGUACUUCCGGCCGCGGUGAUAAUUCCAACAGUGGUUCAGAUUCAGCAACGUUCCUUAAACCUGAUCCCGUAUCGGGUGUUUAUACCGCUCAAGAAUAUUACGAAUACGAUGAGAUUUUAAAAUUGCGACAAAAUGCUCUGAAAAAAGAAGAUGCUGAUCUACAAUUGGAAAUGGAGAAAUUAGAACGUGAACGUAAUUUGCAUAUACGCGAAUUAAAACGGAUACUCAAUGAAGAUCAGUCCCGCUUUAAUAAUCAUCCAGUAUUGAAUGAUCGUUACCUUUUGCUUAUGCUCUUGGGUAAGGGUGGUUUCUCCGAGGUACACAAAGCCUUCGAUUUAAAGGAGCAACGUUAUGUAGCUUGUAAAGUUCAUCAGUUGAAUAAGGAUUGGAAAGAAGAUAAAAAGGCGAAUUAUAUCAAACAUGCUUUAAGAGAAUAUAACAUCCAUAAGGCUUUGGAUCAUCCCAGAGUUGUUAAAUUAUAUGAUGUCUUCGAAAUAGACGCCAAUUCAUUUUGUACUGUUUUAGAAUAUUGUGAUGGUCAUGAUUUAGAUUUCUAUCUAAAACAACAUAAAACGAUACCCGAACGUGAAGCACGUUCGAUUAUUAUGCAGGUUGUAUCUGCUUUAAAAUAUUUAAAUGAGAUUAAACCACCAGUUAUACAUUACGAUUUGAAACCGGGUAACAUUUUGCUAACCGAAGGCAAUGUAUGCGGCGAAAUAAAAAUAACAGAUUUUGGUCUAUCCAAAGUAAUGGAUGAUGAAAACUAUAAUCCAGAUCAUGGUAUGGAUUUAACAUCCCAAGGAGCGGGAACCUAUUGGUAUUUGCCACCCGAAUGUUUUGUGGUGGGUAAGAAUCCUCCAAAAAUCUCUUCAAAAGUUGAUGUUUGGAGUGUGGGCGUAAUUUUCUAUCAGUGUUUGUAUGGUAAGAAACCAUUUGGCCAUAAUCAAUCGCAGGCUACGAUACUCGAGGAGAAUACCAUAUUAAAAGCAACCGAAGUACAAUUCUCCAAUAAACCAACAGUAUCCAAUGAAGCUAAGAGUUUUAUACGAGGCUGUUUGGCUUAUCGCAAAGAAGAUCGUAUGGAUGUAUUUGCGCUGGCGCGGCACGAAUACAUACAACCACCCAUACCCAAACAUGGACGUGGUCAAUCGCUGAAUCAACAGCAGCAACAACAACAGCAGCAGCAACAACAGCAACAGCAGCAACAACAACAAUCUUCAGGCAAUCAAGCCAAUUCUGCCGGACAGACAUCAUUUUCAGCGGGCAUGUUUGGCAAUCUAAAUCAAUCAAGUUCAUCCUAGCUGCACACAAAACGUAAUUCCAAUUCAUAAUUGUUAAAGUUAAUACAAAGUAAUAGUAGUAAUACAAAUAAUAAUAACAACAACAACAACAACCAGAACCAGAAUCAGUUACAAAUUUCUCCCAAUAUUCAACCACAACAACAACAGCAGACGCAUCAUCA